AUGAGGUACACAGCAUCGUAUGCCUUCUUUGAGGCGCUCUGGGAGUUGGGGGUUCACAAUUGCUUUGUGAACCUAGGCUCUGACCACCCCAGCAUCAUGGAGGCGAUGGCCAAGGGACUGAAAGAGCGUCCAGAUCAUUUCCCAAGAAUCUUCACUUGUCCAAAUGAAAUGGUCGCGCUUUCAAUGGCAGAUGGAUACGCACGAGUCACCCAGAAGCCUCAGUGCGUCAUCAUUCAUGUGGACGUCGGAACCUCUGGCCUUGGUGCAGCAAUUCACAAUGCCUCAACAGGCCGGGCACCGGUUCUGAUUUUUGCGGGUCUGUCGCCCUUCACGAUGGAGGGAGAGAUGAGAGGGUCUCGAACCGAAUAUAUUCACUGGCUACAGGAUGUUCCUGACCAGAAGCAAAUUGUCUCGCAAUAUUGUCGCUAUGUCGGAGAAAUCAAGACUGGAAAAAACAUUAAGCAAAUGGUCGGCCGCGCUCUGCAAAUUGCCACCAGUGCUCCAAUGGGUCCAGCAUACCUCAUGGGAGCUCGUGAGGUUAUGGAAGAAGACAUCCAGCCAUAUCCAAUUCAGCCCGAUCAUUGGAGGCCUUGUGAGGCGGCCGCCCUUCCACCAUCACAGGUGGCAUUGAUCGCAGAGCAGCUUGCCCGAGCCGAAGAACCAUUGCUGAUAACCGGCUACAGCGGCCGCAAUCAUGAGUCAGUGGAUUUAUUGGUCAAGCUAGCCAAUGAUGUUCCUGGCUUACGUGUCUUGGACACCGGAGGGUGUGACAUGUGUUUCCCAGCCGAUCAUCCAGCCUGGUUAGGCAUGCGAUAUGGAUCAGACCCUAGUGUUGAGACUGCCGACUUCAUACUCCUCGUUGAUUGUGAUGUGCCCUGGAUUCCUACUCAAUGCAAGCCGAAAGCCACAGCAACAGUGAUCCAUAUCGAUAUUGAUCCACUGAAAAAAAUGAUGCCUCUUUUCUAUGUGCCCGCCGUUCGCAGAUAUGCGGCGGAUGCUACAACAGCUUUGAGUCAGCUGACGUCUUAUAUCAGCUCUUCAACUGAUCUUCAAACGUCUUUGAAGACACCGGUGCAACAGGAGAAACUUCUGCUACGCCAAGCAAAACAUCAGGCGCUGAUUGCAACUCUUGAUCAAAAGUGCGCGUCUUCUCCCGGAGUGACUUCCUUUAACGCUUCCUUCUUGUGCCAGAAGUUAAAAGAGCUUGUUCCUAGUGACACAGUAUACGCUGUUGAAGCGGUCACGAACUCGGUUCUCAUCGCCGAUCAAAUCAGAGCCACAAAUCCAGGCUCAUGGAUCAAUUGCGGAGGAGGCGGACUUGGAUGGAGUGGUGGCGGUGCCCUGGGAAUCAAGCUUGCAGUGGACGCUGUAGAUCCUGACAAGAAACCACUGGUGGUUCAACUUGUUGGCGAUGGAACCUUCCUUUUCAGCGUCCCGUCGAGUGUAUACUGGAUUUCCCACCGAUACCAAAUCCCGAUCCUGACUAUCGUGCUCAACAACAAAGGAUGGAAUGCUCCCCGCCGGUCAAUGUUGCUAGUUCACCCAGAUGGACAUGGGUCGAGGGCCGAUAACCAAGAGCUCAAUAUUUCGUUCGACCCGAGCCCAGACUACUCGGGCAUCGCGAGAGCUGCCAGUGAUGGGAACAUUCAUGCUGCUAGGGUGAAGGAUGUAAGUGAGUUAGUCCCGGCGCUCCAGAAGGCCAUCGAGAUCGUACGCGGAGGAACGUCGGCUGUUAUCGAUGCGCACGUUGUGUGA